AAACGUUGUGCGCAUUGUAAGCAUACAGAUUCAACGUAAGGGACAACAAAAUGAUAAUAAAAUUGGAAUCUGCUGAUAAAGUGAUCUUCGAAUCGGACGUUUCAAUUGCCAACCAUUCGGAGACAAUAAAGACGGCACUUGAGGAUCUGGGUGAUGAGGUGGAUGGCAGCGUAGUGCCACUUCCAAAUGUGAAUUCUGCCAUUUUACGCAAAGUACUGCACUGGGCCACCUUCCAUAAGGACGAUCCGGAAGCAGCUGAGGAAAUAGAGAACAAGGAAAAACGAACAGAUGAUAUUUCCUCAUGGGAUGCCGACUUCCUCAAAGUCGAUCAAGGCACUCUAUUUGAGCUAAUGCUGGCCGCGGACUAUCUGGGCAUCAAGGGCCUGUUAGAUGUCACCUGCAAGACGGUGGCCAAUAUGAUUAAAGGCAGAUCUCCGCAGGACAUACGCGAAACUUUUGCAAUUCCCAAUGACUUUUCACCGGCCGAGGAAGAGCAGGUGCGCAAGGAGAACGAGUGGUGCGAGGAGAAAUGAAUAGUUUACUUGAAACAAACAAACUGUAGCAUAGCCACAGUUCAUCAAUACCUUAUGCCCACUGUGACAAGCGACGAAGGAGCUUCAUUCAUUCACUACAAAACACACGUUUUUUAAGACAAUGAUAUUUAUGUUAUAAUAAUGUUAGAAAAUCCAAUCUAUGUUAUCAAUAAAUUAUUUUCUGCAUAAUUAAA